AUGUCGACGGAGAAGCUAAUUUCCGGCGGUGUGAUUUCAUCAUCUCACUGGCUGGGCUACGGUGGGGAUGCGGCGGCGGCGGCGGGGGUCAGGAUUUUCGAGGAGUUGCCGACGGCUACAAUCGUGGCGGUUUCACGGCCGGAUGCGAGUGACAUCACUCCCUUGCUUUUGUCAUAUACCAUUGAACUUCAGUACAGACAGUUCAAAUGGCAAUUGUUGAAGAAGGCUUCUCAAGUUAUUUAUUUGCACAUUGCGCUGAAGAAGCGUGCAAUUAUUGAAGAUUUUCAUGAGAAACAAGAGCAGGUAAAGGAAUGGCUACAAAACAUAGGAUUAGGAGAUAAUUCAACAGUUAUGCAUGAUGAGGAUGAGCCUGAUGAUGGAGCUGUGCCGAUAAUAUACAAUGACGACACUUUUAGAAAGAGGUCAGUUCCAUCAAGAGCUGCUCUCUCGGUCAUUCGUCCAGCUAUUGGCAAGCAACAGGCUAUUUCAGACAAAGCAAAAGCUGCCAUGCAAGGUUACCUCGAUCAUUUUUUGGGGAAUUUGGACAUCAUUAAUUCUAGAGAGGUAUGUAAGUUCCUAGAGGUGUCCAAGUUAUCGUUUUCACAAGAGUAUGGUCCUUAUAAGCUGAAAGAAGGUUAUAUGAUGGUUAAGCACUUGGGAUUGUUUUCAAAGGAUAACAACAGAUGUUCGACGUGUUCUCCAUUUUUUAAUUGCUUCAGUUUUUGUCGCAACAAUUGGCAAAAAGUAUGGGUGGUCCUGAAACCGGGUUUCUUGGCUUUCCUUGAGAAUCAUUUUGACACAAAAUUACUAGACAUAAUCGUGUUUGAUGUUCUUCCGCCUGCUUCAAAUGCUAAAGGAGACGACGAACUCUGUUUGGCCAAAGUUUUAAAACAAGGAAAUCCUUUGCGCCAUGCAUUUCAGGUUUGUUGUGGGAACAGAAAUAUAAAGAUAAGGGGAAGUAGCCACGCUAAAGUUGAAGACUGGGUUUCUGAAAUUAAUGCCAAAAUCGGGUCAAAGCGUUGGGAGAGUUGGUGUCAUCCUCAUCGUUUUAAUUCAUUUGCACCUAUUAGAGGACUUUCUGAUGAUGGAAGCCAAGCUCAAUGGUUUAUAGAUGGGGAUGCGGCAUUUGAAGCUAUUGCUUCUUCGAUCGAAAAUGCCAAAUCAGAGAUAUACAUGACUGGGUGGUGGCUUUGCCCUGAAUUGUACUUAAGACGCCCAUUUCACGAUCAUAUUUCCUCGCGCCUUGAUUUUUUACUUGAGGCUAAAGCUAAGGAAGGGGUCCAGAUAUACAUUCUUCUUUACAAGGAAGUGUCUCUUGCUUUAAAAAUUAACAGCCUAUAUAGUAAGAAAAAGCUUGUGAACAUUCAUGAAAAUGUGAAAGUUUUGCGAUAUCCCGAUCAUUUAUCCAGUGGCAUCUACUUAUGGUCACACCAUGAAAAGCUUGUUAUUGUUGAUCACAAGAUUUGCUUUAUUGGAGGGCUAGACUUAUGCUUUGGUCGUUAUGACACCGUCGAACACAAAAUAGGUGAUUGCCCUCCUUCUUUAUGGCCUGGAAAGGACUACUAUAACCCCAGAGAAUCAGAACCAAAUUCAUGGGAAGAUACAAUGAAAGACGAAUUAGAUAGAGAGAAAUAUCCACGAAUGCCAUGGCACGAUGUACAUUGCGCUGUUUGGGGACCACCUUGCACUGAUAUUGCUAGACAUUUUGUUCAACGUUGGAACCAUGCAAAGGUAUUUAUUAUUAUUGCACUUUUCUUUUCUACUUGUACUUGCAAAGCACCAAACGAACAGAAAAUACCGUUGCUUAUGCCUCAGCAUCAUCACAUGGUUUUACCACAUUACUUGGGAAGAGGGAGAGAUGUAAUAGACAUUGAAAAGAACAUCUCCGAAUCAGACAAAAUCGGUCCCGGUGAUUAUUUUUCAACUCGGACAUCAAAUCCCGACAACGACAACAUCCCACUGCUUUUGCCUCAUGAAACAAAUAACGGUCCGCACUCUUGUUCCAUUACGGGAAAUAGUAAAGAUAGCACUCCAAAUACUCAAAGUGAUUCCGAUUUGCAAAAACAAGACCAAAAAUUCGAGAACAUAUCUUCAAAUGAUCAAGUAACACAAGCUGGUCCUCGUUGUUUUUGCCACUGCCAGGUUGUGAGAAGUGUUAGUCAGUGGUCUGCUGGAACGAGCCAAACUGAAGACAGCAUUCAUAGAGCUUAUUGUGCUCUCAUUGAGGAAGCAGAGUACUUCAUUUAUAUCGAGAAUCAGUUUUUCAUAUCGGGGCUUUCAGAAGAAGAAUUCAUACAAAAUCGUGUGCUUGAAUCUCUGUACAAGCGCAUAAUGCGUGCGCACACAGAGAAAAGGUGUUUCAGAGUCAUAAUUGUGAUCCCACUCUUACCUGGGUUUCAGGGUGGUGUGGAUGAUGGUGGUGCUGCUACUGUUAGAGCCAUAAUGCAUUGGCAAUACCGUACUAUUUCCAGAGGAGAAAGUUCGAUAUUGCAAAAACUUUGUUCAAAGUUGGGUCCUUUAACACACGAUUACAUAUCUUUCUUUGGUUUAAGAACUUAUGGCAGACUUUUUGACGGCGGUCCUGUUGUUACAAGUCAGAUUUAUGUCCAUAGUAAAGUUAUGAUAGUCGAUGAUCGUUGUGCUUUGGUUGGAUCAUCCAACAUUAACGAUCGCAGCUUGUUGGGAUCAAGAGACUCAGAGAUUGCAGUGUUGAUACAAGAUAAAGAAUUCAUUGAUUCAUCAAUGGAUGGGAAUCCAUGGAAGGCGGGAAGGUUUGCUUUUAAUCUUAGAGUUUCCUUGUGGGCCGAGCACCUUGGUCUAAAUGCUCAGCAGGUGGCUCAAAUAGAAGACCCUGUAGCUGAUACAACAUACAAGGGCCUCUGGUUAGAUGUUGCUAAGUUGAAUAAAAAGAUUUAUGAAGAUGUAUUCUCUUGCAUCCCCAAUGACACCAUUCAGUCUAGAUGGGCACUAAGACAAAGCAUGAGCCAUUGGAGAAUGAAACUCGGGCACACAACUAUUGACUUGGGAGUGGCUCCUGAAAAUCUGGAACUGUACGAGAAUGAUGAACUCAUAAUUACGGACCCGAUGGAGAAGCUAAAAUCAGUAAGAGGACAUCUUGUUUCUUUUCCAUUAGAUUUCAUGAGUCAAGAAGAUGAUCUAAGACCUAUGUUCAUUGAGGGUGAGUUUUAUGCAUCUCCUCAGGUGUUCCACUGAUUAUACAAUAUACAAAUAGGAAGUUUGUUGUAUCGUAAAGUCAGGAAAGGUGAAUAGUAAGCCGACCAUAUGUUGUCCAUAAAAAGACAUUGUUCAUCGUUAUAUACUCUUUAGUGAUCUCGUUUUUGUUGGGAAUCGGGCACGUGUACUCAGCGGAAAAUAAAAAUUUUAUAUGAAAAAUGAUUUUGAUCA